AUGGACAGUUCCUCGAAGCGUUCCUCGUUCGAGGAACCGGGCCUCGCCGCCUCAGCCUUACGACGAUGGACCCGAAGUCCCACUGGCCACCGACUGGGCCUGCGCCGCUCUGGCACAGGCUCGACUGCCUCUGCGUCCGUGACUUCGUUUGAGAGCGAUAGGAACUCGCCCAACUGCGUAUCCCGCGAGACGUCGAGCGAUGAGUGUUCCCUUCACAGGUUUAUCGUCUGGGUCGCCGUCAAGCGCAAUGGCUCAGCGAGGAUCACACCCGAGCAGAUGAGGGAGUGCCCGAUGCUUCGCUGUCGCAGGCGGUUCCCCAAUCACGAGUUUAUGCUGCAGCAUCUCUACUCUUGUGAACACCUCGAGUCAAGCGAGUACUGGUGUUAUGACUGCGGCAAAGCCGAGCACCUGGGCGACGUCAAGUGCAGGCGCUGCCUAGGGCACCCGUCCAAAAGGAAGAGGAUGAUGUCCCUGGCCAGGAACUUCUUCAGUUCGUUGGGCCACAAGUCCAAGAAUGGCAGCCUGCCCGACCUGGAUCUGGAUAUGAAGGACGACCCUCCCAGCUACGAGUCAGCCCUGGAACCGUCGGAGGUCGAGUUGCAGUCAACUGAGAUCCACGAGAUUGACUCUUUCGAGCUUCCUCUUGCCACCAUCCCGGAGGCGAGAGAGGAGCCCGAGCCGUACUCGGGGUACCUAUCCAACAUGAGUACAGCCGCACCGCAACCGCAACCCGCGGAUCUCCAAAACGUACAUGCCGUUAUCGACGAGUCACUCAUCAAUUGGGACCUCUCCCCGACACCGCCACCUCCGGCCUUGCCCGCAGGUGUCGUCUCACGGCCCGUACCCGCGGACCGUCCUGUCCUGCAGCUCAACACCCAGGGCCUGGCAGGUUAUUACCGUGCAAGAUCAAGGCGAAGAAGCAAGACUUGUAUGCUCGCCCCAAGCUCGUCAGUCCGGUCAACAGCCAGCACAGCCAGCACCAACAGCACAUCGAGCACUGCCAGCCACAACAUCUCUCCCAUGUCAGCCUGGUCGGGAUCUUGGAGCAAGGCUCCCGGGUUCGACUCGGCACUUACUUCGCCGGCUGACGACUUGAACCUCGCCGAUGUCUUCCCACAGGAUAACGAGUACAGACGUCAGGUUGCCCCUACCACGGAGGUGGGUCUCCAGAGCGUCGCAACCGAGACUGUCAUACAAGAACUCCCGGCCGAGGUCCCAACAUUUGACAUUCCUCACAUGACGGAUGCGCUUCACGCCGAACCAGAAUUGCCCCCUGGACCAGCCCCGAGGGAGCAGCCCCUGGAGGUGAAUCUGGACUUCGACAAGCCCAACAGUGCCCCAAAUUCUACAAUGAUGCUGGCGGAUACAUUCCGGAAUCAAUACGUUAGCACCCCGGCGCUGAUUCAAACAGCACAGAACGUCAUUGAGGUUCAUAUUGAACACUCCAUGAAGGGCCUCCGAUGCGAUGGCAAAAACCAUGUGGUCAACCAGUUCUGCAACAUGUCAGCUGCCUCAGUCGCGUUGGCUGGCCUGGAGACCAUGUCCGACAUCUUGAGUGGCAACAUCAUCACUUCCGCCGUCAGACUGCUCUGCUUCGUUCACGUUGCGUACGCUCUGUCGCUCGUCAUCGACGAGCAAGAAGCCGCAUCCCGGUCCACCGCUUUAUUCAUCCAGGCCGUUUCCUAUAGUUCAUGGCUAUCUCACCAGGAUAGGCAGGCGUAUAUCCAGGUUGUUGAUUUCUUAUGGAAGCCAGAAGACAUGGCCGACGGUGUCUUCAUGGAGCUGCUACAGUCGAGCAUGUCCCAGCCGGAUGCCGACUCAGGAAGUUCAAAGGGCAAAGCGCCAGCAAAAUUCCUAAAAGCUGAUCGAUCCGACCCGCUCAUCUUUGUCGCGCAAUACUUUCUGGAUGAACUGGAAGCCUCAGCGUUGCGCGAGACCACGCACCUUGAAAUACAGGCAUCUGAACUAUGUCUAGAGCACAUGAACGACAUCAACCUGGACGCUAAUGAGAGCUCCCCGUUCUCCAUCGGCGCCAAAGAGGCAAUAAGUACUCUUGCACAACAGUACAACGGCGUCCCUGCCUUUCGAUCGGCCAUGCAGGAUGUGCUGGAUAGAGUCAAGUCAAACCAUAUCGCCACGCCUCGUCGACUGGAGCUGGAAUUAUUGCAGGCUGGGAAGAUGCGACUCCCACUCAGCGUCCCGUUUGACGACUUUAUUCGAGUUGUGCGCGCAAAAGUCGACUCACUAUUUCAGCUCUUUGACCGGUCGUUUACACACCCGGAUCCCCGCCUCAGAUAUUAUCGACAGGGUGCACAGUUGAUGAAGUCUGCUAUUGGCAAGACUGUUCCGUCAGAUGUGGGCAUGACCAACGCAGACGCGGCGUUUGACCUGCUCAGCUUUGAUGGCCAAAUGACGCCCAACAUGGACGACUUCUUUGGCACGAUCCCAGAUUUUGACACUGGACUACGCGUGGGACUGGAUAUGCCCCUCCCGGACGCGCCUGUGCCUGUACGGCCCGCAUCCAUCCCUGCUGUAAACGUUGAUCCUCCCGCAUCGAUGGGCGACUCCUGGAUGCCGACUCCGGAGGAAUCAUUACCUUCGGGGCUGCCAUCAGCAACGGCGGGCUCACCGAUCUCAGCCGCACCAACACCGGCCUCGUCGUCGUCCAAGAAAGUGGAGGCGAACAGCUGCUGCGAUAUCUGCGGCUACCGACCCAAAGGCGACCCUCGGUGGUUCGGAGGCAGCAUGGCCAAACACAAGAAACUGCAGCACGGUGCCGGUCCACCCAAGAUAUACAAGUGCCCCUACCCCGGAUGCACGAGCCAGUAUAAGAGCCGGCCGGACAACCUGAGGCAGCAUCAACUGGACAAGGGGCAUUUUGUGGACACCGAUGAUGGUUCAAGCCGAAGGCCGAGCAAGAAGAGGAAGCUUAUGGAUUAA